AUGACCCUACCAAGUUUUGAUGAUUUACCCUUGAAGCGUCCCGGUCCACCUUACAACGCCUGGGGACUUUUUGGAGACGAUGAUGAAUUGGGUAGACUCAAUUUGAUCACUCCUGAGUCUGUCAAAAGAGGUCGUGAUGAGAUUAAAGAAGGUAUCGUCAUCAAUCUCAACAUGCCAUUAUCUUUGACGACUUUACACCCUGCCCGACCGGAGUUGAAACAUACCAUUAAUCAUCGUAAUAAUUGUAACGACGAUUUUGUCAAUUUGAAUACCCAAACUUCUACCCAAUGGGAUGGUUUUAGACAUUAUCCGUAUCAAAACUAUCCUGAGAAAGGACAAUAUGUAUAUUACAAUGGACAAACUUCAGAAGAAGCCAAAGAUCCCAAUGUUCACCGUAAUGGUAUACAGAAUUUUGUGAAACAUCCCAUCACCUCUCGUGCACAUCUAUUAGACAUUGCUCGUUAUCUUAAACUCCACAAUCGACCCCCGUUAGAGAGUUUCGCAUCUACGACUCCUAUUCCCGUCUCCGAUUUGGACGCUUGUGCCAAAGAAGAAGGAGUCGAAUUCCUUCCUGGAGAUAUCCUCGUUCUAAGAACCGGUCACACGGAGAACGCUGAGAAACUCACGGCGGAGGAUAGGGAAGAGCUCGCCAAAAGAUCUUUGAGGGAAACAUGUGGGUUGGAUCAAGGAGAAGAUGUGUUGAGAUGGCAUUGGGAGAAUGGGAUCGCUGCUGUGGUUUCUGACAACCCGGCAUACGAAACCGUCUCCCCUAAAGGUCUACAACUCCACCAAGUCUUCUUAGCUGGUUGGGGUAUGCCCAUAGGCGAACUAUUCGACUUACGCGAGUUGGCCGCGACCUGCGAAAGACUCGGUCGUUGGAGUUUUUUAUUCACCAGUAUGCCUUUGUAUGUUAACGCUGGUAUAGCUAGUCCUCCCAACGCUCAGGCGAUCAUCUGA